AUGCCACACUUCGCACGUAACUCCGUGAGCCAGGAUAUUCGACGCUUCGCUUGGUGUUACUACUACACGGUUCUGACGACGCAUCGUCCAGGCUGGAAGUUCUACCUCACCUUCGCAAUCUGCGGCUUCACGAACACGAACUUCUUCUGGGGCACCCCCUCUCGAAGGGCUGAGGCGGAGCUCUGUGAGCGCAAGGUGCACGUCUCGGGUGGACCAGUUGACAAGAUAGAUAAGGAGGAGAUCGAAACGUGA